AUGUGUGGCUCAGUUCCAAUUCCGACUGGUCCUUUUGCAAUUCUCUUCUUUCCAAUUUUGAUGGCAGCAAGUUCGUUGGAUAGAAUGCACUACAAAGCCAUAGAUAUGAAGCGUCGAAUCCGACAACAUAAUAAAAACCUCGAUGAAGGUAUCAGAACCAAAAGAAAACAAUUUAAAGAAGAAUUGAAGGAAAGAAUUUUGUACAGAAAGCAAUACAAGGCUGAGAAAUCAUUGAUGGGAAAGAUGAAGAUUAGUGAAGGAAUGGUGCAGGAAAAAGAAGAUCAAUCAAAUCAGAGCAUCAUUUCAACCGAAGAUGCCAUCUUGUAUUUGCAGAGAUCAGUAGUAAGAAUUUCUUCGAAUAAGUUUGAAAAGGCAUUGCAAGACAUCAAACUUGCUAUUUAUUUGGACUAUACUUUGAAGGAAACUUAUGUAGUUCAAUAUUUCGAAGGUUUCAUUCUGUACAUGCUUGGUGAUUAUUUGGAAUCAGCUCAUGCAUUCAAAAGUGCUAUUGAAUUCAAAGAAGAUCAAGAUGAAAAAUCAAUUUUAUUGGAAAAGAAAAUAUUCGAAAUUCAACAUGAAAUGAAACAUCGAUCAGAGAAGGUUAUUGAGAAUUUGACUGAAAUUCACGAACAAACAAAGACCUAUUUCAAGUCAGCUCACAAAAAACUCUUGGGUAAAUUGGGAAUGAAUUCUCAUCAACAAGAGGAAAAUAUUGAACCAACUUCAAACCAACAACACUCUUCGAUGAUUUCUCUUGAAGAAUUGUAUUAUAGAGCUGGUAUUUCUUAUUAUUUCUCCACGUAUUACCAUGACUCUAUCAAAUAUUACUCAAAGGCUAUUGAAAUGGGUGAAAGCAACUCAAACAUUUACCAUUACAUUUUCAAUAGAGGUCUUUCCUAUUUCUACAGUCAUGAAGUUGAUUUGGCACUGCAAGACUUUUUACAUGCUCAAACAUUGAACGAAACCGAUGAAGUCUACAAGAUGUUGGCCUAUGCUUAUGGGAGAAAAGGAAUGGAAAAGGAAAAAUCAGAAAAUCUCAAAAAGGCCCAACGAAUGAAUCCUAACACAAAUAUUGUAUCAUGUUUUAUUUAUCGUCUAUUGGAUGAUAAUUGUACAGAAUUAAUAUUCUCAUUCUUACCAGUUCAUAACAGAGUUUUACUAUCAAGGACUGGAAAGUAUUGGAGAGAAAUUGCAAUGAGAAGUAUUGCCAAUGAGGAAGUUUUCAAAAUAUCACUGUAUAGUAUAUUCAAUAAUGUAGAUAUGCAUUUAAAGAAGGUAAACACCACUACUCUUAAGGGAAAACUCUUUAUGCCAACCCAAUACAGGGUACAUGUUAUGGACCUUGUUGAGAAAGCACUUGGUGCCUCAGCUUACCAAUAUUUCCUUGAGAAACCAGCCAAGAAAAUUGAUUGUUACAUGGCAACACCGGCUGGUAGCAUUUAUGAGUACAUGACAUUUAAUUCGAAUGGUCUUUCCUUCUUUAAACAAGUAGACUGUUUAAAUAUUGCACAAAACGCUUUGAGAGAUGAAGUGAUUCAAGUUCUCACAAGCGAGAGUCCAAACUUGAAGGAGCUCACAAUUAGAACUGGAUCAUAUGUUUACAAUGACAUUUCUAUUCUUCGAUCCAUUGCAAAUUUUACAAAUCUCAAAAAAUUAGCUUGGCACUUUGACUUUUCCACAGAUCAGUCUUCCUCAAAUAUUCUUACAGAACUUGUUCUCCCACCAAGCUUGGAAGUCUUUGAAUACGCUACAGAAUGUACAAGUCUAAUUGAGCAAUUCGUAGCUCCAUCCUAUCCUAAUGUUCACUUUGUUCCAAUUGAAAAUACUAUGGAAAUUGCUAAACAGUAUUGUGAAGUGUUCGAAGAUUGUGAAUUGCAAUAA